AGUCGUUCGUCGGCGCCGGUGUCUCGUCGGCCGGCUUAGUUUAAACGGGAACACUCUCUGACAUUAAAAGAGCUAACAUGGGCAUUGUCAAGAACGGGAAGGUUGUUGUGUUGUUGAACGGCCGCUACGCCGGCCGCAAGGCCAUCGUCGUCAAGACGUACGAUGAGGGCCACGGCGACCGCAAGUUCGGCCACGCCAUCGUCGCCGGUAUCGACCGCUACCCCCGCAAGAUCACGCGCUCGAUGGGCAAGAAGAAGGUCGCCAAGCGCUCGAAGGUCAAGCCGUUCGUCAAGGCGGUCAACUACACGCACAUCAUGCCCACGCGCUACGUCGCCGACAUUGACCUCAAGAAGGUCCUCGAUGAGGAAGUCAUGGCCACGCCGGAGGCCCGUAUCGAGUCGCGCAAGACGAUCAAGAAGGUCUUCGAGGACCGCUACCUCAACCAGGCUGCGUGCAAGUCGGAGAAGAAGGCCGCUGGCGUCUCGUUCUUCUUCAAGAAGCUCCGCUUCUAAAUGUAUUGGCGUUGUCCCUUGUCCUGACUUCAGCAGCCCGCCAGUGGUGAUGAUAACACGACGACAAUAUACCAGAGGUUCCGAUAUUUCCCACA